AUGGGGGACAAACCGCAGUACUUGAGCUUUGAACGAUCAGUCGAUGCAGCGACUAGUGAUGAAGCUCUUCCACUUCCGCAAGCCAUCGACGAUAAAUAUUUGAGUGAUGAAAUGGGCAAGAACGGCAAACAGCCUGUAGGAUCACCUAGUACGAUGGAGAUCUUCAUUGCGACGAUCAAACUCCACGAGAUACUGAGCCAAGCCUUGAGUCGUGACAACUGCCGCUGGGAGACCACUCCAGAUUCGUUGAUGGGUAUUCAGUCACUUUUGAGACUCGACAAUCUUAUGCAUAACUGGCAGGAUGAACUCCCUGAGUACCUUCAACUUGAUCCAUCUCGGGAGAACAGUGUUGUUGAUUCAGCAGCUGUUACUCACCCUCAAUCAGCGCCCUUCGUCCAGGCCGCAGGAAGGAAACUUCAUAUCAGGCAUGUCUCCCAAGAUGGCAUAACGAAUUCGUACUAA